GAGAAUGUUUAUCAUAUGAAGUUAAUGGUCACGGACGGUAAACACAACACAACAACAGAUUUAUUCGUAUACGUUGAAGACGUCAACGAUAAUGCACCACAAUUUGAGUUUGGCUUAUAUGAGACGACAAUUGACGAGGAGGAUAUUAAUGUGCCGAAAACUUUGUUCGUUGUAAAGGCGACUGAUGCCGAUAAGGAGAAACAUGUAGAUAUCGAAGCGUGUCGUCCGCCUAUCGACGUGCUUAUUAUUUCAGAAUGA